AUGGGUAGUUUAAGCGAUGAUCCAAACAUGGAAUGUUCUGACAUCGAAUAUGAACAUACUACACCUAUGUCCGAUCAAGCACUAUGCUCGAACAGUAGUUAUGACAAUUUAGACGAUACUGAUGGUGAUACAAGUGAAAUCAAAGUUAAAAAGCCCAAAGUUGCUUUUCCAUUUGGAAAAUGUCGUGUAUGCACAGAUAAGGCAACCGGUGCGCAUUAUGGAAUUUCCACAUGUGAGGGGUGUAAGGGUUUUUUCAAACGAAGCAUAUUACGUAAAGAAAAAUAUCGCUGUUAUUUCGGCAACCGAUGUAUAAUUAAUGUUGAAAAUCGAAAUCGAUGUAAAUCAUGCAGAUUUCAAAAAUGUAUGAAAGAAGGAAUGUCAGUUGAUGGUGUUCGAAUGGGUCGAAUCCCAAAAUUGGUGAAAGAAAAAGCUUUGAGAGAACAACGUCUUAAUCAACAAGGAACAGAAGUUAAUUCACCCGAAUCUGUGGGAUCUACUAGUGAUAAAAAUUCAGAAAAUGACGAUCCAGAACACAUACAAAUGGAUCAGGAAGAUUUCAACAUUGAUGAAACACAGCCUCGUCCAGAAGAUGAGCUCAAUGAAGCUGAUCAGGCCGUUGUUGGAAUAUUUUCAACAAUGGCUUUGAAAAGAAUGAAGAGUAUCUCACUAAAACUGUCAAACACAAAUUUAUUUCCACAACUCAAUUACGAAGAAUCAACAUUUAUCAGGUAUUUGAGAUGGACAACUCACAACGUUUUUCAGCGCUUUUCAAAACACGUUUACGAAUUACAAGAGCGUAUGCAUGCACUCAUUAAUCGUGGGGUUACUGCUAUCCCAAUGCACGUCAAAAAUAUGAUUGCCGCAUUUAAAAAGAUUCCCGGUACGAAUGAAAUAAAUGCUGAAGAUUUUCAAAAGAUGAUGCUACAUAGAGGAAUGGAUUAUUACAUGUUAAAAUAUUCCUGCAUUCUUGUUAAUGGUGAAUGUUAUCAAAUAUAUCCGAAUGGUCUUCAGUAUACACGUCGAUGGAUGACUCAAAUGCAUGGAAAGAAAAUGGUAUCAAGAAUGUUUGAUUUUGCCAAUAAAUUUAAUAAUUUAAAUCUCCACGAGCAAGAGCUCGCACUUAUCUAUCCAAUAGUCCUAUGCACUGAUGAUCAUACUCUUGAUGAUCCAGAAACCGUUCGUUCAAUUAAAGCUUGCUUCUCAUAUGCGCUCUACGCACAAAUGUGUGUAACUAGAAAAGAACAGAAUGCUAAAAUGUUAUUUGAACAACUUUUCAAAGUUCUUGAACUUCUAAAUCCAUUAAAUGCAAUCUACGAGAAAUCAGUGGGAAGUCUGGUAUUAGAAAAAACUGAUUAA